CGCCCCACCCCCGAAGCUUGAAGUAGGACGGAGGCGCAUGGAUGUUUGGUUUCUUGAAGCUGACUGUCUCCGACGCCGCAGUCUGCAACCCCCCUACGUCGUACUUUGGUCAAUACCCUCGUCGCAUCUGCCACUGAAAUACACUAUUUUUCUGAGACCAAGAAAAUACCGUGAUGGUGCACCGUAAUGGUAUUAUGAGGCGAUUCGAAUGGGGGCUCGCCUAGCCGAAGCCCAAAUAGCCUCUUGCGCUUAAAUUAUUUUUUUCUUUCCACUUAUCACUGGCCCUUCCUAUAUAACAACAUCCACGCCCUUCCCCCUUCCUCGCUCUCUGCACUGACGCUCCUCUGGCUUAGUUAUACAUCUGGUUGCCAUCGUGAUGGAGGUCUCGGGUAAAACGACCGCUAUGGAAAUGGUGGAUAUGGAGUUCAAUCGCGGGGAUACGGAUGUUGCUGAGAAAAGCGGAACUGCGGGGGACUACGACGAAAUGAGUCGCAUGGGAAAACUCCAAGAGUUCAAGAGAAAUAUGCGACCACUGGCCGCGUUGAGUUUCGCGUCGGUCUUGCAAGCAACCUGGGAAUAUCUCAUUCUUUCUAACUAUACGGGCUUGGAGGACGGGGGCCUGCCUGGAAUGUUCUGGUCAUAUAUGUGGACAUUCGCCGGAUUUGGAUUCAUCAUGGCCUCGCUUGCCGAAAUGGCAUCUAUGGCUCCUACUGAUGGAGGCCAAUAUCAUUGGGUGUCGGAGUUUUGUUCUCCUCGACACCAGAAGUUCCUUAGCUACAUUACCGGCUGGAUGUCUGUCCUAGCAUGGCAGGCCGGAACUGCGUCCGGGUCCUUUCUCACCGGCACGGUAAUCCAGGGUUUGAUCAGUGUCCGGGACCCAGAUUAUACAUCACCAGGCUGGCAGGGCACUCUGCUGGUGUUUGCGAUGGUGCUCGUGAUCUACUUCUUCAACGUCUAUGCGUCAGAGUUAAUGCCUAUCCUAAGUAAUCUUCUGAUGCUUUUCCAUGUUCUGUCAUGGGCCGUGAUUCUGAUCAUGCUCUGGGCUAUGGCCCCUCAUCGGUCUGCCGAAGCAGUUUUUGUCUCUGACUGGCAGAACUUUGGAGGGCUGCAAACCAUGGGCCUUAGCGUAAUGGUUGGCCAGAUUUCGGCUAUUUACGGCUGUCUCAGUUCCGAUGCAUGCGCCCAUAUGUCCGAAGAAAUCAAAGAUGCCGGUCGUAAUGUUCCGAAUGCGAUGUAUUGGGGAUACCUCGUGAACGGUAUCAUGGCCGCUAUUCUUCUCGUCGCCUACCUCUUCGCUACCCCAUCAGUGGAAGACUCCCUUAACGAUGCGUCGGGUUUCCCAUUACUUUACGUGUUUAAGCAAAUGACCUCGACGGCCGGUGUGAACGGCCUUACGGCGAUUAUCAUUUUACCUGUGAUAUUCAGUAACGUUAUGUUCAACGCAGCUACCUCCCGCCAAACGUGGGCUUUCGCUCGUGAUAAAGGACUUCCGUUUUCUAAGUGGAUCUCGAAGAUUGAUUCUAAGCGGCAGAUUCCCGUCAACGCUAUCAUACUAUCAUGCACACUCAGUUGUCUUGUCUCGCUCAUCAACAUUGGCUCCAGCACCGCCUUCAAUGCCAUCAUCUCACUCAACACGGCCGCCCUGAUGUUCACCUAUACAAUCUCCAUUUCUUGUGUCAUCUACCGCAAGAUCUGGUAUCCUGAGACCCUCCCCGUUCGUCGUUGGGAUUUGGGACGCUUCGGAUUGCCCAUCAAUAUUAUCGGGUUGGUGUAUUGCGUCUUUGCGAUGUUCUGGUCUUUCUGGCCAACCGAGCUGCCUAUCACUACCGAUAACUUCAACUGGAGCGUUGCCAUCUUCGUUGGCGUCUUUAUUAUUAGUCUUGUGAUGUAUGUCUUGAAGGGACGGAAAGAGUAUCAUGGACCUGUGGUACAGGUCAAGCAAAAUUAGAGGGCCCGGUUGGAGAUUGUACAGCUAGCUUGUCUAUUUAGUCACCCUGAAUCGCCUAAGGCGAAGCUCAUCCACGUGCUUGAGCC